UUCUAAAGUUAAAGUAGACACGUUGCAAAUGGGAACCGAAAUUCAAGAGAGUCAAUUAUUGUUCAAUACGACGCUAACACGGAUGUCGAGACGUUACUGCCUUGAAAACAGCUGGCGAGUUAUUAAUGGCGGUGACUUUGGCAUCUGUUCUACAAGAUUUACCUGACAUUAAAUGGUUCCUGCUUUGAGCAGCCUGUGAUGUUGAAAUGAAGCUUAAUGAAAAAAUUGUCAACUAUUUUGAAUCUUGCAACUCACCCGUGGAUAAAGAAGGGUAUCUGUACAAGAAGGGUGAGAUAAAGACUUCCUAUCAGAAGCGCUGGUUUGUGCUGAAGGGGAACCUCCUCUUCUACAAGGACCGGCCCGCUGACCGGGACUUGGCGGGUGUGAUUGUCCUGGAGGGCUGCACUGUCCAGCUGUGCGAGUCCGAGGAGCAGUUUGCCUUCUCGCUGGUGUGGAGCGAGCCGGGACUGCGGACGUAUAAGUUUGCCGCCGAGGACCAGGCCAGUCAGGAGAGCUGGAUUAAAGCCCUGCUGUCGGCCAACCACAGCUACCUGGCCCUGCUAGUGAUGGACCUGGAGAAGAAGUAUAGAGAUGCAUUAGGCGAGUUCUCCAGUGAACCACCCAGCGCUUUUGUCACGCCAAAUUUCAACACAUCAGAGGCGGGACAUCCUGCACACUACUUGAGCACACAAACUUCACCGCUCUCAUCGUACCCGGCGCUGGGUGUCGGGGCCGGAGCCGGUCUGAGCUCCAACUCGAUGCUUCAAGCUCUGACCGUGUCAUCCAAAUCAUCAAGCAAAAGAUCACCCAAACUCUGGCCCAAGAGGAACGCAAACGUGGUGCCUAUCAACACUCCUGCUCCACCUUUGGGGGAGUGGUCAGGGAUCUGUUUAGGCAACAAGGAGGAAUUUAGUAAAUUGCAUGAAUAUUUUGGAAAGGAAGUGAAGAAACUAAUUGCUGAUUGGUCAAAGAGGAGACGAGGUGAUGGGGUUGUUCAGGAAGAAAACUUAAUAGAUUUAGGAUAAUAAAUGUGAUGUAGACUCAGUGUUUAAUCCUUAAUUUCAGUCACUGUGUUUGCGUUGCAAAGUUAUUUACAUUAUUAAGAUAUAUUUGUAUAUAUUUUGUGUUUAACUUGAGUAUACUGUAUGCUUUUUACUUAUUACGCCAUAGUCUAUAAAUUAUCUAUGAUCUCCUGCUCUAUUGUUGUUUGUUCCUUAUUACACUCAAGUUAUUUUUUAAUGUGAGGUUUUGAAAAUUGGUCACACACUGUAACUGCUAAAGAUGCUCAUAAUAGCUCCAAAUGUGGCCUAUAUCUAGUUGAUCUUUGUCUACUCGACCUAGUGGAUAUGGUAUGAGAAAUCCCUGUGGCUAGUUAUUGUUAAAGUAAAUGAUAAUACCUGACAAGUUUUCAUUACAUGAUUGCAGAAAGGAAAAAUAUAAAAUAAGUAGUUAUUUGAAAUCAAAUGGUUUAAUACUGGCACCUUAACAAAGACUUGUCAUAAGGGUUCAGUUAAAGCCUUUGGUCAUUCUGUCCGGUUACCAGAAAUUAAUCCACACCUGCAAUAAAUACACCUUUUUUUCACCUACUUGUAUACAUAAUAGGUAAAAAAAAAUAAACAUAACUUUCUUUGUUAA